GCGGAAGUGCGACUAUCCCUUUCAUUUUACAGUGGUGCCUGCUGCUGCUGAAGUUCAUGCUUCCGAGAUGAGGUGACCUUAUCGGCAUUAAGGAGCUGCUUGGUGAAUGAAUACAAAACGGAUUUCAUAAAAAUCACAAAUGCUGAUCUGACAAAUACAACACUAGGCACAAGGUCUUCAGGAAACGCUGGAAGUUAUUGUCAGUAACUUGAACCGGAGAGCCAGGCUGUGUUGUCAGCUAGUUUUGUAAGCUUGUCGGUUAAUUUGAUUCUGGUAUCGCCUUAUCUCCGAGAUGGCAGAAACGCAGCAAGCUCGGGUACAAACGGCUGUAGAGAAAAUGGUCGAAGGUCUGGAACGUGAACACAUACGUAAAAUGCAAGGUCGCAUGUUCCGGUGCAGCGCUGAGUGUUGUGAACAGCCCUCACAGUCUAUGCAGCAGGUUCACCAUUGCAUAGAGCGCUGCCAUGCCCCCCUGGCACAGGCCCAGAGCCUAGUUACCACUGAACUAGAGAAAUUCCAGGACCGGCUGUCCCGCUGCACCAUGCACUGCAACGACAAGGCCAAGGACCUGUUUGACUCGGGGACCAAGGAGCCAGCAGUGCGAGCAGCCAUGGAGCUUUGUGUGGGCAGCUGUGUAGAUGACCAUGUAAACCUGCUUCCCAGCAUGACACGGCGUCUGAGGGACAGCCUGGGGGCUAUACCACAGUGACAGGGUCCCGUGGGUGGGGAGGGCAGACCAGUAAUUGGACCUCCGAGGCACUAGGUGGCACUGGAUAGGAGGGAUUGAGGAACAUCACUGUGACCAGAAAUGCUUGUACUCUAAUGGAAUGAGAAGUGGUGUACCCUCCCUUUUUAAGGCGCACUAUCCAUGUGCCGGGCCUCAGUGUUACAUUAAUGACAAAGAGAUGCUAUGGAGGAGUUCAACCAGAAACUCACCAUGAGGGUUUGGAUGAGUUAACAAUCUGUGGACUCUGUGCUGGCUUUAAGACUUCAGCUAUACAUGGCCUGACCCUGGGCCUUGGAGAAAAUAAUGCUUUAAGAACAAUCCUGACCAUAGCUGUAGGUACUCAGCACAUUCUCCAAGCUGUGACAUUUGUGGUUCUUUUGUAAAAUGGAAAUAAAUUUAAGUGAACAGUC